CCGGCCGCCGUCCCUCCUCUCGCCUGGACUUGCCCACCCCUCGUCUAAACUCAACAUGGAAAGACGCCCGCCCCUCGCCGUAACGUGGGAGAGUCCUUCAACCACACAUCGACCGUCCUUAAUCACAAAAGUGUCUCUCGACGGAAUCUCGCUCCCCCAUCUCCCCAUCUUCCCCGCCUCUCCAACGACAUCUCCCCCGUUCAACCCCAAACCCCGAGUAUUCCUUGCGGAGAAGAACGGGUCAAUCAUCCUCGCCAAACCGGGCCCUUUUCGCAAGCUCAACAACACCUGGCCGGCCAUGUGCCUGUCUGCACCAGUGCAUCCUCGCUUCACCCCACCUCCGUCACCACCCACCAUUUGACUAUGCUCCG